AUGCCUCAUUACGGACAUCAUAUUAUAGAUCGAGAAACUGGUCUUUGUGAAAUAUGUGAUCGUGCGGCCAUCUAUGACAUUAAAUUGGGAAAAAAACCGCAGUUGUUAUAUGGAGAUUCUAACGGACGAUUUGUAUCUAGAUCUAAUGAUAAUCAAUCAAGACGUGCAACUCCAGAACCAGAUGAAGAAGAACCUAUUGUUUAUCCCACACCUCGACAUAUGAAACGAGUAGUCUACGUUGAUAAACCAUCUCCUCGUAGAGCGCAAACGAGACUUGUACAUGAGAAUGAACCACGAUUAGUUAUGGCACAACCAGCUAUUCGACGAUAUCGUCGUGCUCCAACACCCGAAGAAUAUUAUUAUGUCGACGAUACCGGACAUAUUCAAGAUCAUGUUGAACCUCCACCACGUCCAAAACCAAAACAGUAUUUGGUUCAACCAACACCACAUACUAGAAUCAUUCGACGACAACGUCAACCAUCCCCUAAAAUUAUCCAAAGACGACAACAUCAGCUAUCACCUUAUAGUGACAGUGAGCUAGUUUAUGAUCGCUAUAAGCCACCACCACCUAAACAUAAUAAUAGCGAUUAUACACCACCAAAAGAUCAUAAUGGCUAUCAUCAAACACCUUCACCACAUAGGCAACAGCAUCAUAGUGCCGAUGAAGCACAUCCAGAAUUUUAUCAUAUUGUUCGUCAGCCAAGAAAUGAUGAUUAUGCAUCACCACGAGCUUUACAACAAUUAACUCACCAUUCUACACCAUCUCCAAGAUAUGUCAAUGGAAACAACAACAGAAAACUUGAACCUUUACCUGUAAUUAAUAAACGUCCUACUGAUGACAUAGUUCAACCAACCAUUGUGCGACGAGUUUAUAAAAAAAUACCGGACAAACAAAUGAACGGUACUAGGAAUCAUCAACAGCCGCAUCAACCACCCAACUAUGAACAACAGCCACCUUACAUGCAAAGUCCAUAUGAUUACAAUCGGCCAGUAAGAAAAGUAGAAAAAUUACAAUCAAUAGAACAUCAACCAUACCAACAGUCACCAGAAACUAGUAGAUAUAAAAAGCCACCCAUGAUGUUAGCCAAUCAACCAAAAGCACCUAGCAUCUAUUACAUUCGUGGAGAACAAUAA